UUCAAACCCGGUUUAUCCGGGCGUAUUACCAGACAAAUCGGGCCGAAACGCUAAUUUAUAAUUUUCUUCGAUAAUUUAUAAGCCUUAUAUUACUUUUCUUUUCUUUUUUUGUUAUUAUUUUUUUUAAAAUUUUGUUGGUUCGUGUCUGUUAACUGUUAAUCACGCAAUUUUUUCACAUUUUCUCUGUCUCUCCCUCUUGGAGAUUGGGAACCUGGGAAGCUCGCAUCCGUUGAGGAAGGAAGGAGAAAGUCGUAGGAAUACGAAAUGGCGAAAUCAAGCGCGGACGACGAGGAGCUAAGGCGAGCUUGUGAGGCCGCAAUCGAAGGCACCAAACAGAAGGUCGUGAUGUCAAUUCGCGUCGCUAAAAGCCACGGGAUCUGGGGCAAAUCUGGCAAAUUUGGCCGCCACAUGGCUAAACCUAGAGUCCUCGCUCUCUCCAUGAAAUCAAAAGGUCAGCGAACUAAAGCUUUUCUGCGAGUCUUGAAGUAUUCUACAGGAGGCGUUCUUGAGCCUGCUAAGUUAUACAAAUUGAAGCAUCUUUCAAAAGUUGAGGUUAUAACUAAUGAUCCCAGUGGAUGUACUUUUACUUUGGGAUUUGAUAACCUCAGAAGUCAAAGUGUUGCUCCACCUCAGUGGACUAUGCGCAACAUUGAUGACAGGAACCGCCUUUUAUUAUGUAUCUUAAACAUCUGCAAAGAUAUACUUGGUCGCCUUCCCAAAGUUGUUGGUAUAGAUGUUGUGGAGAUGGCUCUUUGGGCUAAGGAAAAUACACCCUCUGUCACUACUCAAAGGAAUCAGCAAGAUGGUCUAGUUGCAACUAGAGUAACUGAAAGUGACUUGAAAGUGACCGUUGAAAAGGAACUUGUUUCUCAAGCUGAGGAAGAGGACAUGGAGGCUCUUUUGGGCACCUAUGUCAUGGGCAUUGGUGAAGCGGAAGCAUUUUCUGAACGGUUGAAGCGGGAGCUUCUUGCUCUGGAAGCAGCAAAUGUGCAUGCCAUUUUGGAAAGUGAACCUCUAGUAGAUGAGGUAUUGCAAGGGCUUGAGGCAGCAACAAAUUAUGUUGACGACAUGGAUGAAUGGUUAGGAAUCUUCAAUGUUAAAUUACGACAUAUGAGAGAAGAUAUUGAGUCGAUAGAAACCCGCAACAACAAGUUAGAGAUGCAGUCUGUAAAUAAUAAAGCACUCAUUGAAGAACUUGAUAAGCUUCUUGAACGGUUGCGUGUCCCUUCUGAGUAUGCAGCUUGUCUUACAGGAGGCACAUUUGAUGAGGCUCACAUGCUUCAAAAUGUUGAAGCAUGUGAGUGGUUAACUGGUGCUUUACGUGGCCUUGAAGUACCUAACUUGGAUUCUACUUAUGCAAACAUGAGAGCUGUUAAAGAGAAGCGGGCAGAACUCGAAAAACUAAAAGCUACAUUUGUCCGGAGAGCUUCUGAGUUCUUGAGAAACUACUUUGCCAGUUUGGUGGAUUUUAUGAUUAGUGACAAAAGCUACUUCUCCCAGCGGGGGCAGUUGAAGAGGCCUGAUCAUGCUGAUUUGCGGUAUAAAUGCAGGACUUAUGCGCGCCUUUUGCAACAUUUAAAGAGUCUUGAUAAGAGUUGCUUGGGUCCUUUGAGGAAAGCUUAUUGUAGCUCCCUUAACUUACUUCUUCGGCGAGAGGCUCGUGAAUUUGCCAAUGAGCUACGUGCUAGUACAAAAGCAUCAAGAAAUCCAACGGUAUGGCUAGAAGCUUCCACAGGUGGCAGUCAAAGUGGGAAUAGUGCAGACACUUCUGCAGUUUCUGAUGCUUAUGCCAAAAUGCUGACAAUUUUUAUUCCACUGCUUGUAGAUGAGAGUUCUUUCUUUGCACACUUCAUGUGCUUCGAAGUUCCUGCGCUUGUUCCCCCCGGAGGUGUUGCUAAUGGUAAUAAAAGUGGAUCCUAUGAUGAUGAUACCAAUGAUGAUGAUCUGGGCAUUAUGGACAUUGAUGACAAUGAUAGCAAAGCUGGUAAAACUUCUGCAGAUCUGCAAUCAUUAAAUGAAUCACUGCAGGAUUUGCUUGAUGGAAUUCAAGAAGACUUUUAUGCUGUAGUUGAUUGGGCAUAUAAGAUCGACCCUUUACGUUGCAUAUCCAUGCAUGGGAUAACCGAGCGCUAUCUAUCUGGCCAGAAAGCUGAUGCAGCAGGAUUUGUACGCCUCCUGCUUGGUGACCUGGAAUCAAGAAUUUCUAUGCAGUUCAGCCGGUUUGUUGAUGAGGCUUGUCAUCAAAUUGAAAGAAAUGAGCGUAACGUUCGACAAAUGGGAGUCUUAUCAUACAUCCCUCGCUUUGCAACUCUAGCCACCCGCAUGGAACAGUACAUCCAGGGACAAUCUAGGGACUUGGUUGAUCAAGCAUACACCAAAUUUGUCAGCAUUAUGUUUGUGACUCUCGAAAAACUUGCACAGACUGAUCUAAAAUAUGCUGAUAUAUUUCUUUUAGAAAACUAUGCAGCAUUUCAGAAUAGCUUGUAUGACCUGGCCAAUGUUGUGCCCACCUUAGCCAAAUUUUAUCACCAAGCAAGUGAAGCAUAUGAACAAGCAUGUACACGUCAUAUCAGCAUGAUAAUAUACUACCAAUUUGAACGACUUUUCCAGUUUGCUCGAAAGAUUGAGGAUUUAAUGUUUACUAUUUCACCUGAAGAGAUACCUUUCCAGCUUGGAUUGUCUAAAAUGGAUCUCCGGAAGAUGUUAAAAUCCAGUUUAUCUGGGGUUGACAAGUCUAUCGCUGCAAUGUAUAAGAAGUUGCAGAAGAACUUAACAUCUGAGGAACUGUUACCCUCAUUGUGGGACAAGUGCAAGAAGGAGUUUCUGGACAAGUAUGAUAGCUUUGCCCAACUUGUUGCCAAAAUUUACCCCACGGAAACCAUCCCCUCGGUGACUGAAAUGAGAGAACUCCUUGCUUCCAUGUAAAGGGAGAGAAUUUUGCCCUCUGUAUAAUCUUUUGUGGCUCAAUUUGGAGUAGAGAGCUUUACUAGCUUGCUAUAAUUAUUCUUCUUGUUAUUGCAAUAGACAAUUUUCUGCCCCAUAUUCCAUUUUAUUUGGAUUUUAGCCAUUUUAUUCAUUCAUUACCGGAUAGAAGUUAAUAUUUGUAUCCUUUUCAAUGUAAAUUGAUGUUUGCCUGCUUUAAUUUUCAUCUUGUGUACAGCAAUUAAAGAGUUUCUAAUCGACUCAAAGGUGAAAAUGGAUGAUCCAUUCGCCCUUUUUUCCCCUCUACCUAUAUAGCUAGGGACAAAGACGUCCUUAGCAUACUUGGUUUCUUUAACCAACGGAUGAAACAAAAGGUCUAUCACCUAUGCGUCAAUUUGUCAAACAAAUAGCCAUCAAAACGAUCGAUUUUCUUCUUCUUUUCCGUUUUUCUUCCAUCUUUGGAGGGCAUCAGUGAUGACGGAAGAUAAUAGUAACUUUCUCUCAUUGCUUUCAAGCACCAUUGAAUCAAUCUCUCUCUCAGCAGCUGCAUAUUCAAUCCUUUUAUUUUUUUGGGUAAACAUAUUUAUUUUUAAUUUUUGCAAAAUAAGUGGUAAUCUUUUAUGGUAAUAAUGUCGGGAUAUUGUAAUAAUUCUAUAAUUUACAUUCGAUAUCC